GUCACCGCCCAGCGGCUCCAGAACAUGGCAAGGCUGCCUCAGGAAACCGCAGCUGAGACUGAUUUGACUCAAGUCAGAGAGGAGAGCGACGAUCUAUCUGCAUUAACAGAGCUUUAAAGAUGAGAAAAAUCAAGACAAGAAUUUUAUUAUUUGUUGGAGCCCUUGGCCUGCUGGCGUUCCCUUUUUUUAAGUACUCUGAUCAUCAGAAUAUUUUCCAGAAGAAUACUUCUGAGAAUAACAGACCAAAAAAGAUACUAAUCAAAAACAUCUCUUAUGUAUACUCCUGGGAAAAAUGUCAGCAAAAUCUGACUGCUGCCAACAUCUCUGGCUUCUCAAGUCUUCCUCACAAUAUCAAAGACUUUCUCUUCUAUCGUCACUGUCGACAUUUUCCCAUGCUACUGGACCUCCCUGAUAAAUGUGGAGGAGCUGAGAAAUCGGGAGAUGUCUUCCUUCUGCUGGUCAUCAAGAGUUCCCCGGCCAACUACGAACGGCGGGAGGUGCUGCGGAAAACAUGGGGUAAAGAGAGGUUAUACAACGGCAUGUCGAUUAAAAGGAUCUUCAUUUCCGGAGUUUCAGGUGAGAGUUAUGAAAAAGAAAGACUGAACAAUCUCCUGAAGCUGGAGCAAGAGGAGCACAGAGAUGUUCUCCAGUGGGACUUCAGUGACACGUUUUAUAACCUCACUUUGAAGCAAAUACUCUUCCUGGAGUGGAUGGAAAGAAACUGUCCGAAUGCUCGCUUCCUCCUGAAUGGAGACGACGAUGUGUUUGCCCACACAAACAACAUGGUUGUGUACCUGCAAAGCCUCAAGGAAAAUAAUGGGAGCAGGCAUCUCUUCACUGGUCAUCUGAUCCAGAAUGUGGGGCCCAUCAGAGCAACGCAGAGCAAAUAUUUUAUCCCAGUUCAAGUUCAGAAAUCAGACUCAUACCCUCCGUAUUGUGGCGGAGGGGGCUUCCUUCUGUCAGGAUACACAGCAAUGCUUAUAUACCGCAUGUCCAAAUCCAUACCGAUUCUUCCCAUUGAUGAUGUUUACAUGGGGAUGUGUCUGGCCAAAGCCGGACUUGGCCCGUCCUCACACAUGGGUGUGAAGACAGCAGGAUUGCACAUUCCCUCCAACAAAAUAGACAAAUUCAGUCCGUGCUUCUAUAAAGACGUUUUGCUGGUGCACAGAUUCCUCCCAGCUCAGAUGUACCUGAUGUGGCACCGCACACAGAACCCAAAACUAAAAUGUGACGACACUUAGAAAAGACAUAACACAACUGAACAAUGUCUCAUUUAGGAGCAUGGAGCUUAUUAAUUGUACCUCAAGUGAAUAGAAAUUUGGGUGGACAGAAACAUUGCACUGCCACAGACUACUGGAUCAUUUCUGUCUGUGUGUCAGGUGGAUUUAAAAUAUAGUUUUUUCUUCUUUUCUUAUAAAUGUUAGUUUAGUAAUUCAUUACUAAAAUAAUGAGCUAUUUUAGUAAUAAAACUGGACAGGUUUCUCAGGGAUUGCUUUGCAGGUUCUAUGUACUUGUUAUUUAGAUCUCAUUAGCUGAGUGAUACCAAAGAGAUUGAGACCAACAAUAAAUCUUAAAACCACAGAUUCUAAAUUGCUAAUUGAAAAGGUUUAAAGCAUAGGAAUGAAGCAAUAGGUGAUUCUCACUAAAUGUUUUUGAAUAUCACAGUGUUUUUUAUAAUAUUCAAAACGCUGACCUUUUGUACACCUUUGGAAACAUCCACCUUUCUUUAUCCUGUUUGUAACUAUGCAAGCAAGGAGAUUAGACAGUAGAUCACUGAGCUGAUUGACAAGACUGUAGAAUAAUAUACUUUUUUUUUCUGUUUCAUUGUAAUCUGACAGCAGUAGCUUAACUUCUUAUUUGCUUUUUUAUUGAUUUGUAACCAUUAACAUCUGAGAGGACAUUUACUGGAUUUAAACUUCCAAGCUUUUCACCAGGCCAGUUUUUCUACUGGUAUGUUGAUAUUAAUCUAUUUAUUUGUAGAGUUAUAGUUAACUAACCUAACAUUAUUGGUAGAGUUGAAAGAAAAGAUGCCAACACAAGCCUUCUACCUACCACUUUUUGAGUUCAAGGAGGAAAGGUCAAAAAGCAUUUCAAAGAGCAGGCUGUCAAUCGCAAAAUUAACAUUGUGCCAGGUCAACGGGAAGAUGGGGGAGUAUUUGCAUGUGUGAAUGAUGAAUUGUAGCAGCAAGUUGCAUUUUAACACAAAAGUAAAAAUAAAUUUAAAAAAGAAUAAUAAACUGCUUAGUAAAGACAAGUGCACACCAUAAGAAUUACAGGUAUCGCACGCUUGGCCGGUAAUAUGAGUUGCAAUGUGCAGUGUGCAUCCAAAAGUGUAAAGCUCCGUUCAGAAGAUAAGUAAGCAAAACAAUGUCUCAAAAAAUUACUUAUCCUUCAGGGAGGGAGAAAAGAAAGAGGAAGAAUAGAAAAAAGCCAAGAUAAAGGUAUGUUUCAAUGUGUCUUGGUAAUGUGAUGUAAUAAUGUAAAAGAUUUGUAAAGGUACAAUCUAAUUCAACAGUCAAGCAUUUAUGCUAGGAUCUUUUUGGUUGUGGGAAACUGAGUUUAAACUUUACAUGAGUUGAUUUUCAUGUUUGGCUCUGUAUAUUUCUGAGGUAGUUUUGACUUCGAAAUGCUGUGUUUGAGAACAAUUAAAACUUCUCAAUGUCUGACAUUGUCUAGCAAAAUGGUUUUACAUCAGGUUACAUAGCUGCUACAUUGAUGAGCUACUCUAUGCUGUAGUGGGGUAUAUGUUACUGGUCUGUCAGUCAAACCUCUCACUGCAGAGCAGAAGAGGACAGAGACUGAUUUAUAAGCCUUUGCUGACAAAGGUAAGAUUAGGGGAUAAGGUGGGCUUCACAUGUAAGCAUCGACCAAUCACGAUCCCCCAAAGUUAAGGAAAUUGGCGCCCUUCCCUGGACUAGGGAAGAAAAGAUAAGUGGGCUGCAUAUUUCUGCAUGAGAUUUCAUGGUACAAAAUAUGUAAUGUUUUGUGCCAAGGAAACAUUUCUUGCUUUCUCAAUUCUUGCUAUUAUGCAAGAAUUGAGCAAUUCUUCAUGUGUUGCACAACAUCUGUAUUUACAGUGGUUCUAAAACAUGUGCCCAAUACUGUAGAAAUAUCUGGUUCAAUAGAUUUAAAAAAACUGAGACAAAGAAAAAUAUUUUCAAACAUUUUAGAUUUUUAAUGCAAGACAUAAAAAAAGUAAGAUUACAACCAGUACUUCUUAAAACAAUUUUAUUCAAUUUCACCAUUCAGUCUUCUGUUAAUAUUGUACCUACCAUCAACUGUGGUGAAGAUGAUGAAUCUAAGCUAAAGGUCAACUUUUUAGCAGGUUCUUCCUGCUUUUUGCUCUUCGUUUUAUCUGAGGUUACAACUUUAUCACUCAGAUAUAUUGUAUAUAUUCUUCCAAAAUGUAUUUUUAGAAGACUUUUGCUUAUGUAAGUUACAUAAAAGUUAGAAAAUCUUUUUUUAAGUCUCAAAAAUGUGAAAUUUUAGCAGCAGCGUAUAAGUUCUGGAUAACAAAUGAAUUGACUUAAAAAAUGAAAACAUUUCCUUUAAAAUGGUCUGCAAAAAGUACAGAAAAUACAAUAUAAAGCAGAUUGACUCAAUAUUGAAGAUACUACUACAGUAGUUUAUAAGGAAGUACGACAUGGAAGCCAAAGACAAUGAGGUCAGUCUUUGGCACAGACUCAUGUCUAAUAAUUUUCCGGGCUGAAUAUAUUUUAAAAUGAGGGAUAACUAAGCAUAUCUUUUGACUGCUUUAAUAAAAAAGCCAGUUGAUGUUGGUUUGUGUUGCACCGCCCUACACUUGAGUCACAGUUUUAGUUCUAGACUAUAAAAAAUAAUUAUGAAAAACUGAAAAACUGAUCUUCAGCUGUUGUUUUGGUCAAUAUUUAUUGUGGAAAUGAUUAAUGUGCUGAUCCAUCAAAACGACUGUGUGCAUUCAUGAGCUAUACAUUCAGAUAGCUGCGGUGUGUUAUUUUCUAAUUACCAAUCAAUAUGAACUGUUUGCCCUGUCAAGUUAAAUUUGAAUUUUUUGUGUGGAUUAAAUUUCCUAAUGGGCUGGGAUCUGAGGAAAUGUAAAUAUUUUAUCUGUUAUAUAUUUUUCAUAAUUAAAAGUCUUUGAAAUAA